AUGGUACCUCGCAUGAGCAAGGUGGCCAACCUCUUGACCUUUGUGUUUUUGCAGGUCGUUCUGGAGCCCAUGACAGUGGCAGGUACACUGACGUCCGCCCUAGCGGAUACGAUGCCUUUUUCCUAUAGCGGUGGUGAAUACGGCACCUACUUGCAUGUCCCUGACUUCAGCAACACCAUUUACGGCAACGGCGCUUAUGGUAACGGUGGCAACAGUGCCAAUAACUUUGGCGGUGAACGAUAUGGCAGCUACGAAUAUGGUGGUGGCUAUGGUGGCGUCCUCAACAGAGCCAGCGGCGGUAGUGGAGGAUACGGGAGCGGAAAUGCUGGAAUCCUAGGGGACUACAAUGGUGGCGUAUUCGGUAGAGACUAUGGAAUGGGCAGAGCCGAUGUGGGCUACGGCACUUAUGGAGUAAACGGAGGCUACAGUGAAAUAGUCACAAAGUUUGCGGUUUCCGUACUACAGGUAUCCUAUUCUAGCCGACGCACAUUGGGUGGACUCAUGGACAACCCUUCUGAGGAUCUUAGGAAAGGCAGCAGCAAGUUCGAGUCAAAAAAGAAAAAGCGUCGGGGGUCCAGAGCUUCACUUGGAUCAACCAGCUCGAGCGAGAAGCGAGAAGCUGCUCCUAGUAGCGACUCUUCGUCUGCGGCCACAUCAGGCUCCGAGACAGCAGCCGCCGGUUCCCCACCUGUGGCUCCCGCUCUUCUCAUCCGGAAAGGAUCCAAGACCUCGACUGGCUCGAAUUCUUCCAAAGAAGAGGAACGCGCCAGUCGCGUUACGCGCUACGUGCGAGAUAAGCCCAAGGUACCACCAGAACUGGACAUCUUUUCGAGAGAGCAUUCGUCCAUGGCGUCGCCAGUUCUCUCACCUCCUCCGGAAGGUGACCCCAACGCCGCACAGGGCGCAGCACAAGGGACGGCACAGGCCACAGCCCAAGCUAAGGAACCGAGUCCAGCUCCAGCGGGAGGGGCUCAGCCAGGUCCAACACAAGGUCAAGCCAAUGACCCAGCCACGCAGCAUGACGGAAAGGACAAACACUGA